AUGUAUGAAUUGCAAUCGGAUGGAGUUGACUGGAAUUUAAAGGUAACUUUUUGAUCUCAGGUAUCUCUUCCAAACUCAUGUGCUCACUUUCAGAUGCAAGUCAGUGAUACAUCAGUGAGCAAUGUAAUUUGCUUGGUUUCAACUGAUCUUCUUGAUCGAAUCUUUGGUUUCACAGUUUCUCAAUGCAAAAAACUUUUUGAUGAAUCGAAGAUUGAAAUUUUGCGACAAAAGAAAAUGGAGGCGGAACGGAAAUUGGCCGGAUUUCGACGACUCGAUCUAAUAAUGUCUAUUGAAAUAUCACCACAAAAUGAUAAAAUUCCGCUGAUUAUUGAUGUCAAAACGAUUUCAGAUGCUUUAAAUGUCUUGUAA